AACCUCAGUUUCAAUUGGUAUAGCCGAGAAACAGGAAGUUUUGUUAGAAGAAAUGGCCCAGAAUUGGAAAGUAUUUUUGUUAUUGAGCGCAUUUCUGGCGUUGCAGACCUCAACAUUUGCACACCCCUUGGAUGGCAGCAAAGAAACUGAUGUCCUCACACAAUCGGAAUCCACCACACCAUCAAAAUCCAGCACACCAUUAGAAUCCACCACGUCAACAGCAGCCACGGCAGUUGAACCACCCCAAUUAAACUCCAAAGAAAGUUUGAUUCCUGAUACACCUGGCGUACGACAAUUCAAAAAGGAUUUGAUUUCCGAAUUAGUACAAAGCAUUUCGGGAAACGAAGUUGAAAAUGGUUACUACACAGCUGAGCUGCCAUCAUCGGAAGUAGAUUUGCCCUGUACAACGGACAGAGUUAGAAUAGAAAUUAUUAGUAGUAGCUUUCCCUUGCCAGAGCGCUUUUUCCAUGCGCCAAAAAGAUGCUCUGAAGAGGAGGCAUAAAACAAAUUUAUACAACAAAUAGAAGAAACAAAAUUGAUUGAGUUAUGGCACGCAAAUGCCAAAAAAAUAAAAAUGGAAUUCAUAAUUUCUAAAU